AUGGCGCGCUCCGCCCUCUUCGGUGCCGUCGUCCUGCUGGCGCUGCUCGCCGUCUACGCCACGGCCUCGCCGUCUACGCCCGUGCUGGUGGUCCCCACCCAGUCCGGUAACGUCCAGGGCUUCGUACAGAACGACCUGGCCCGCGCCUUCCUCGGUAUUCCCUUCGCCGACCCGCCGCAGCGCUUCGGCGUGGCCGCGCCCGCGUCGCCCUGGAGCGGCGUCUACAACGCGACCGCGUUCCCCAAGCCCUGCAUCCAGUCGUCGACGGCCGGCGUGGAGGACUGCCUCUACCUCAACGUGUUCACCCCCAAGAACGCCAAGGCCGGCGACAAGCUGCCCGUCAUGGUGUGGAUCCACGGUGGUCGCUACUGGACCGGCCAGACCGACCAGUACCAGGGCCAGUGGCUCUCGGGCAACGGCAACGUAGUCCUUGUCACCAUUCAGUACCGCCUGAACACGUUCGGUUUCUUCAACCUCCCGGAGCUCGCCGAGACUGGCAGCACCAACGUCGGCUUCCAGGACCAGAUCCUCGCCGUCGAGUGGGUCAAGAACAACGUCGCCAACUUCGGCGGUGACCCCAAGGAGAUCACCCUCUUCGGCGAGAGCGCCGGUGGCAACGCCGCCCUGCUCCACACCAUGGUCCACAAGUACUCCGACCCGGCCAACUACCUCACCUACGCCCAGAACGUGAUCCUCCACUCGACCUGGCAGUGGGUGCUCCCCACCCUCGCCCAGCAGCAGGCCGCCUCGCUCAAGUGGGCCGCCAGCAAGGGCUGCAACCAGACCACGACCGCCGCCGUCCUGGCCUGCAUGCGCGCCCUGCCCGCCACGAGCAUCGUGUCGACCUCGGGCCUGGUCAACUACUUCCAGCCCUCGGUCGACGGCGUCUUCCUGACCAGCCAGCCCUACAACCUGAUCAAGAACGGCGACUACAACACCGACGUCAACGCCUGA